CUUGGUAUUGAUUACCAUUAUUUUUCUAAAAUCCAUUGUUUUUCUAAAAACUUUAUUUUUCUAAUGGCGUGUCUUAUGCUUUUUCAGGGUCGUUUUUUAAAUAUUAAAAUACUAGCAGGUUCUGAAAUCUCAAUUCCGUGGCGAAGUGCUCUCAGGAUACUAUAUAAGUUGCAUUUUUUUCUCUUCAAAAUGACUGCCCAAAUCUUUAAGUGUUUAAAUGCUUUCGAAAAAUUUAUUUUUGUAAAAAAAAAACGAAGAGAAUUGGAAAUUUUCGACCUUAUAUUGGUAUGCUUUCAGGGUACACUCAUGAAUAUUAAAUAUGGCCUCCAAAUAUGUCUUAUAGAAACCUUUAAGCAACGAGAGAUGGCUUAUUAAUCGCUUUUGAAAUUUUUUUCUUCGAAAAGUUUUUUGAGAUCUUGCAAAGCUUGAAAUUUUCAGCCAGAUACUGUGGUGCUGUCAGGGAACUCCUAGAGGUUAAAAAGUUGGCUUAUAUUUUAAUUUCUCAAGUUCAGUUACCGAGAUGUGAUAUGUUUAGUUGUUUUUUUUUUCAAAAUCUCAGUAAACUAAAGAGUUAGUUGAAUAGUUAAAAUUUUGAAAUGUAUAUGCAUGUUUUUGCUGUCGGCUUUUCAGGGUCCUUCCUUAAAGUCGUAGAGAUAUGACUAUUUUGAUGAUAAAUAACUUAAAAGAUGACUUUAUAAAUUGUUCAAUUGAUGAAGUAGAAGACCCUGUUGGAUGGGCCAGUUUAAAUUUACGGUUGCAUUACAUUUCUUUGGGAAGCUCUUUUCACGUUCAAAGAUCUAUUUAAAGCACCGCAACUGCGACUCAUGGGUUAGUUAAUAUAAUAUUUGUGGCCAAUCUGUAAUUUGAACCAAAAUAAUUUCUACUCAUCACUGUGUUUCUGCUGCGGCCAUUUUGUUCAAAAAAAAUGAUAUGUCUUCUUUCGUUAAAAGGGUUCAUGGUAUCACUGAUGGGGAACAAACCAAAAAUUGAUGAGCCGAGCCCUUGGAUUCAAAUAGCUGGCCACAUGGAUUGUUUUGUUCCCUUUGAAAACAACAGGAAAGUUGCGAAAGCAAUUAAAGAAGAUCGCAGCGAAUAUAAUAAUUAUGUGCUAAUUGACGAAAAUGAUGCAUUGUUUGCCUUCUUGCCCCCGUUUCAUGGUUUACUAGAGGAAAAAAUUAAGCUCCAAAUUGACAGUGCUAUUCACAAGCACGACGAGUGGUUGGUUCUUUCUAACGUGUUGACAGGAUACAUUGAACCUGUUGUGAUGGAUGUGAAAAUGGGAAAAGAAACAUGCGGGGCAAAACAGUAUCAUGUCAAAAUGACAAAAAGACGAGACUUGUUUGAAAAGUUUUGUGAUCUCGAAUUUCCAUUAGAAUUGUUAUCAGAAGACGAAAUCAGAGACCAGGCAGUGUCAAAGUUCCGUUACGCUGAAUUGAGAGAUAAAAUCUCUACAACGUCGCAGUAUGGUUUUCGAAUUGAAGCAAGUAAUUUAGAUGGCUUCAAAAAGAAGGACUAUGUUAAAGCAAAUAGCUUGCAACAGAGCCAAGAUAUUUGCCGCAAGUUCUCAAAUCACAUAUCCGAAUCUCAACUGAAGCAAAUUGUUGCUCGACUGAAAACAUUCCGCAACUGUGUCCUCAAAUCCAAAUUUUGCCAAACGCAUCAGCUCAUCGGUUCUUCUCUUCUAAUAGCUUUUGACCGGCACGUCGACCACUCAGAUGUUUGUGGAGUGUGGUUGAUAGAUCUUUUCCAAGCUACUCAGGUUUCGCUGAAUCAAGAAAGCAAUGGUGAAAAUUGCACUUCAUCUAGCUUCAUUGCAUCAAGAAAUUGCAAUAUUGCAAUAAUCGAGGGAGCUUCAAAUCUGAGCCAUCUGUUUGAAAACAUACUGAAUGCUACAUAGCUGAAAUGUUAUUUUCCUCUAGUUUAUGAUUUUCUUCAUUCCCUCACUUUUAUCAUUUCGACUUCGUUAGAGCUGUAAAUUUUCUAUCGGAAAAGCAUCUUUGUAUCAAAUGCAAUACUUUGUUAAUUA